AUGUAUGAGGAUUGUUUUCAAGGGGCACCUGGAUGGUACCAUCUUACUGCCACGUGCAUUUUUCCAUUGACCCAAUUCGAACGAAACUAUUCGACUGCUGCACAAAUGUGUGGAGCAGUAAACCACAGCAUCGGAUAUCGCGAAACGAAUUGGUUGAUAGCUCAACAACUUCUGGAAAUGUUUGCGAGUGAAAAGAGUCGAAAUCUGAUGAAAUUAUAUUGGACUGGAUUAAGUGUUGGAAAUGGAUUGAAUAUUGUUGUUGAAUCAGAAGAUGCUACUGAUGAUACAGUUGCAAAUGUUGCUGUUUUCACUUCAAUGUAUAAUCCGUUAUGGGCAGAAGGAGAGCCACCACAGAGCCUCGCAUCAAAUGAGCUCGCUGGCUCCUGUAUUGCUCUGGAUCUCCGAAAUUCCUCGAAUUUCGGUUGGAGAUCCCUCCCAUGCUCCUCCCAACUCCCUAUUCUCUGCCAGAACUACGCUUGUCUCCCUGGAACUUUUCGAUGUGCUGACAAUUCAAAAUGCAUUCCAUCGUCUUUUCAACACGAUGGAUUCAACGAUUGUUUGGAUGGAUCUGACGAAAUGCCAGUGACUCAAUCGAUUCCAUUGUCUUCUUCUUCAACUCCAAACUCUCUUCUGUCGAAUGUUCUUCGUGAAAAUCCGGUAUAUGAAUGGCCAAUGAUUGUUUCAAGUGGAGGAAUACUGUCACCAACUACAGUAAGAUAUGGAAGAGGAGAGUGUACACACAGGUGGACGGUGCUGUCUCCGAACGAUCAGCAUUUUAUUAUUUGGAUAAAAUGGAUGUCCCCAACCACAUCAACUUCAAUCUACGUCGAGGGGAAAGAUCAAAACGGUCGAAUUUAUCUGAAUUCAAGAAACGCCACGUCAUCAUUUACCCUGCUCUCCUCUUCUUUUGUAUUGACGGCAUCUGAUACGGACACCAGAAAAAUUGAAUUUCAAAUUCAUUAUCAGGAAGCGGACAAAACAAUCUGCAGAAUCACUGAAAACAAUCAGCUGUUUUUCAAUUCUGAAUCCAUUCCGAUGUCUUGCAAUUAUCGAUUCACAACUAAACACCCGUCUUCAUACGUGGCAAUUCUUAUUCGAAAAUGCGAGGGACCAUCCCCCACUGUAUCGACAAUUCAAUUCAAUAACUCUACAGUAUCACUGACUCGAAGACAAUCAAAAAAACUAUUGAUCAUCCCAUCGAAUUCUCUGAACAUCCAUGUCAAUUCCACGUGGCCUGGAAGUGAAACUCAAUUGGAUUUUCAGUUUUUUGAAUUGAGACCAGGAGAGGAAAGUGUGGAUGUAUUCAUGAUUGAUUCUGAUUUCGAAAUCGAAUGGAUUCCGAAAUCAAGUGAAAUUUGUAUGGAAGGACAGUUUAGAACUCUUACUGUUAAUAUGAUCUUGACGUCGUCAGAUGAAUCAGAAAAUAAUUCACAGAGCUCCACGUGGAAUGUGGAAAAGUUUCAGAAGAGUUGCAGUGAGGAUAAUGUUCAGAUCGUCUCCAAAAACCAAUCAGCAUACGUGUCUAAUCUGGGAAGCGUCACUGGUUUUGGUCCAACUACAGUAGUCAUUCAUCAGUCUGCAGAACCGUUUGAAUUCUAUUCCAUCUAUGCCCUUCAGGGCAUUGCUAGAGAUGGUUCUGGAUGGGCUUUUGAUGAAGGAGUUUCAACAACGACCAUAUCAACAACCUUAUCAACAACAGACAUAAUAUCAACAACUACUUCUAGUCCAAGCAGCGGAACUAAAUGUAAGCUUCCAACCAUCAACAACGGAUAUAUCAAAGCAGUAUCCGAUCAUGCGUAUUCCGUCGGAACAAUUGUAUCUGUCAAUUGCGACGAAGGAUACAUGCUCGACAGUCUCCCUUAUAACAUUCAAUGUUCUGAUAACGGAACAUGGAUUGAUGGAGAGAACAGAGCAUAUCCACCUGUUCAUCCAAUUGUCAAAUGUCUUCACAUCAAUUGUCCAUCUGAAACUGGCUACGAGAUAGAUAAUUCAAUGACUCCGGAUACAUAUGAAACAUCUUAUGGAACAGUCAGAAGAUAUCAGAAUCGCUCUACUUACGGAUAUCAACCAUUUUGUAUUUGUGGAGAUGACAAAAAGUGGUUGGCGGAUUGGAUGUGUUACAAUACAGAACAUUUGACAAAAUACGAGAUACCAAACGGAUGUAUUAUUCCAGAAGUUCAUGAUGCUAUCUUUGUUACACAACUUCCGAAUGAUCAAUAUGUCGCUCCGUCUGGUUACACUAUAGAAAUGGACUGUAUGGUUUGUCCAACAGUGAAGAAAACUUAUAGAUGUCUUGAUGGCCUGUGGAGAGCAUCGGAUGGUAGUGUUCAGGCGUAUGAUAGUUUCGAGUGUAGAUGCCAAGAUGAACCAGGUUGGAUUGAUCCUUGUCUGCCUCACGGCACCUAUGUCCAAUAUCAAGGAUACUAUAGCUGUCAAUGUGAAAACGGAUGGAAGUAUGGCGACGGAACGUGUGUUGACAUCGAUGAGUGCAAUGAAACUUCAAGUUUCUGUGAUCCUUUUGCAAAAUGUGUCAACACGAAUGGAAGCUAUUACUGCGAGUGUCCAAUUAAUUAUCAUCUUUUCAAUGCAUCGAAUUUCAAUCCUUCUCAAUGGGGAAGUAUUCAACGUUAUCUGAUUGAUGGAUACAGUUGUGUUGAAACAACUUGCAUUUAUGAUAUUGACUGGUCCCCGUGGAAUAUCCAAGUGAUCACACCGCCAACUCUUUCAUCUUAUUACAAGUAA